CACAAGUUUCCAACUCUCCUCCCAGCUGUCUUUCACACACGACCAAACCCAUUCUCCUUUCCACCUCCGCCUAUAAAAGCCCCGCUGCUCUUGUUCCUCUCCGGCGACCACAUCACAAGAGCUACGUAUCAAUCCCAAGCAUCCCUUCCUUGGUUCCUAAGCCAGAGUUUGUUGUUCUUUUGUCUGAUCGAUUGAGGGCCAUGACGUCCUGGGCGGACCAGUGGGACACCGGCGCCGACCCCAGCCCCCGACGCGGCAGCGGCAGCAGCGGCGACGGGAAGAAGCAGGGUGGCGACCGCGUCGAGAAGACCAAGGCGGCCGCGGCGACCGGGCUCAAGAAGGUCAAGGCGGGCACCGCGCAGGGCUUCCAGUGGAUCAAGGACAAGUACCACCAGAAGAAGAACGCCGGCAAGAGCAGCAAGCAGCAGGGCGGCGGCUCCCAGAUAGCGGCCGGGUACUGACCGACCCACCGAUCGACCACGUGGAUGCACAGACGUUUGAUUUAGUACUGUAUAUGGGAUGCAAUUUGUACUAGCUAGAAGAGUAGAAAGUAGUCCUGCAGCUUGCUGUUCGUGUCAUCGUGUGUGUGUAUAAUUAAAUGGCUGCUGACCAGUUAGCACUUCUUCUGCAGAUAAUGAUGAUUCGAUUGUCUUCUGCCACUGUUUCAUAUCUGAUGGUCAUGUAAUUAACUGUCUAUCCAGUGUACGUACCUUGCAGCACAUGCAUGCAUUAUUCA